UAUUCCAGAUCUAUUGACAACCCUGCUAGCAACACAACAAAUAUAGUCAAAAUUCGAAAACGAAUACAAGUUAUAUAUAGCACCGAUCUGAACGAACUAUGGAGAAGCUAAGCAAGGCUAAAAAGGUGGCGCGCGAGGAGAAGCAGCGCGACCAGAAGUUGGAAGAGUUGGUAAUGAAGUCCCUGGAAGAAUGUCCCUCCACCGAGGAAAUCAAGCUGCUACUGCAGCGGCAUGUGGACAGCGAGAAAAAUGUUAGCCGGCUGACAUCGGAACUUCGUGUCCUGCAACGUCACAUGGAAUCCCAACAGCGAGAGAAGGAGAAUCUCCAAAGGGAUCUCAACAAGAGCGUCCUCAUGAGGGACAAACUCCAGGAAGUUUGCCGCGAACAGCAGCGAAUCAUUAAAUCUGUUAAAAACGAGAGCAUGCUGCAAAUUAAAGUCGAGGAAGAGCGGCGCAAGGAGAGCCAAUCAAUGUUCCAAAACUCCUUGAAUGACGUCCAGAAAUCCCUUGCCAAAAACAACGAGGAAAACAUCAAGCUGCGCGAUUACAACAUCGAGAUGACCAAGAAGUUAAAACUGCUGGCUGAGCAGUACCAAACGAGGGAGCAGCACCUGGAGAAGCUCAACGAGCAGGUGCAGCUGGAGGCCCAGUUGCACCAGGCCAAAUUGCAGAAAUGCCAGGUGGAGGCCGCCAUGGAGAAGGAGAUACUCGGCAAGGAAAACCAAAUUGGAUUGGAGAAACUGCUGCAAGCGCAGCGUGCCAUUAAGGAUCUCACCGAGAGAGAACAUCAACUGAAGGAGCAGCUGAACAUCUACACGGCCAAGUACGAUGACUUCCAGCAGUCGCUGCAGAAGUCCAACGAAGUAUUCGGCAGCUACAAGGUGGAACUGGAAAAGAUGUCGAAGCACACGAAGAAGAUCGAGAAGGAGGCGCUGGGAUGGCGGCAAAAGUACGAGAAGGCCAAUGCCACUGUGAUCGAUUUGGCCACCGAGAAAAACCUGCAGUCGCAGCACACGGAGCGCCUGCAGAAGCAAAUUCAGCAACUGCAGAAGCUGCUGCGUGCUCUCCAGCUGGAACGGACCAAUUUGCACCAGUGCCUUCGGGACCACGAUAUCGAAAUCCCCGCGUUGCCGCAAUUGCCGCCUGAACCCGAGCCAGUGAACACAAAACCUGUCACUGCAGAUAAUGUUAAAAUGGAGAUGAUGACACGCAACUGCGCGGAACUGAAGCAAACUCUGGCCAAUCUUCAGAACCAAAUGAAGCUGCUGACGGCCAGCGAAUCCAAGACAGCCAUCGAGGAGAGGAAUAAGGCCGAAGAGCAGAGACUGGCAAACAAUGCCAAGAAGAAUAUUCGCAAAAAGGAGAAAAAAUCCAAGGCAAAGGCAGCCGCAGCGGCGGCGGCAGCUGCUGCAGCUACGACAUCGAAUGAGGAACUCAACGGCGCUCAGGAACUAUCCCCCUCGGAAUCCAACGCCGAACUGCAGGCAGCGGGUGACGCUUCAAAUAUCAAGGCAACCCAAGAGCAGACCAUUCAGACUGAAACAGAGUCCCAGGAGAACGUGGGUGAUGGAGACUCCAAGCCUUCCAUUGAUAUAUCCGAAGUGCCUGCCCUUAUCGAUGCCAAUGCAGACUAAACUAUCGACUGUCCGCCAGUACUGUACUCCUAUCCAAACCACGGUCGGCCAUGUGGCCUUUCCUUCAAAGCAUUUCGUGUCAUUCAUGUCUCAACUAAAAACGUCAUCAAUUACAACCAACAUGGUCAGAAUUUUGUACUAGUUAUUUAUUGUAUUUUGUAUAUUGUAUUUAUUUAAAGGAAUGUCGACGGUGAACGUGUCUUGCUGUUCAACAACAAAUUUAGUAAAGCGUGUUUCCUCAAAUUAAAUUAUAAAAGUUAA